AUGGAGGAACACAUGGAGGCAGGCUCCGCACCAGGACUGGGAAACCAGAGGGUCCUAAUUAACAACCUUGCUGACAUCCUGGUCAUUGCUGCUUAUUUCCUGCUGGUCAUUGGUGUCGGCUUGUGGUCCAUGUGCAGAACCAACAGAGGCACCGUUGGCGGCUACUUCCUCGCGGGACGAAGCAUGGUGUGGUGGCCGGUCGGGGCCUCUCUCUUUGCCAGCAACAUCGGCAGUGGCCACUUUGUGGGCCUCGCAGGGACCGGUGCUGCAAGCGGCUUGGCUGUGGCUGGAUUUGAGUGGAAUGCGCUGUUCGUGGUGCUAUUGCUCGGCUGGCUCUUCGCGCCCGUGUACCUGACUGCGGGUGUUAUUACCAUGCCACAGUACCUGCGCAAGCGCUUCGGAGGCCAUCGCAUUCGCCUCUACCUGUCAGUGCUCUCGCUUUUUCUGUACAUCUUCACCAAGAUUUCGGUGGACAUGUUCUCCGGGGCAGUAUUCAUUCAACAGGCUCUGGGCUGGAACAUCUAUGCCUCCGUCAUUGCCCUUCUGGGCAUCACCAUGAUCUACACUGUGACAGGAGGGCUGGCAGCGCUGAUGUACACGGAUACUCUGCAGACUUUCGUCAUUCUUGGCGGGGCCUUCGUCCUCAUGGGUUACGCCUUCCACGAGGUGGGCGGGUAUUCGGGGCUUUUCGACAAAUACUUGGGGGCAAUGACGUCGCUGACGGUUUCUGAGGAUCCGGCUGUGGGCAACAUCUCGAGUUCCUGCUAUCGACCCCGGCCCGACUCCUACCACCUGCUCCGGGACGCUGUGACAGGGGACUUGCCGUGGCCUGCACUGCUCCUGGGUCUUACCAUCGUCUCAGGCUGGUACUGGUGCAGCGACCAGGUCAUUGUGCAGCGCUGUCUGGCCGGGAAGAACCUGACUCACAUCAAGGCGGGCUGCAUACUGUGCGGCUACUUGAAGCUGAUGCCCAUGUUCCUCAUGGUCAUGCCAGGCAUGAUCAGCCGCAUUCUUUAUCCGGAUGAGGUGGCGUGCGUGGUGCCCGAGGUGUGUAAGCGUGUGUGCGGUACUGAGGUGGGCUGCUCCAACAUUGCCUACCCGCGGCUGGUCGUGAAACUCAUGCCCAAUGGUUUGCGUGGACUCAUGCUGGCGGUCAUGCUGGCUGCGCUCAUGUCCUCACUGGCCUCCAUCUUUAACAGCAGCAGCACGCUUUUCACCAUGGAUAUCUACACGCGCCUGCGGCCCCACGCAGGGGACCGUGAGCUGCUGCUAGUAGGACGGCUCUGGGUGGUGUUUAUUGUGGCUGUGUCAGUGGCCUGGCUACCCGUGGUGCAGGCAGCGCAGGGAGGGCAGCUCUUUGAUUACAUCCAGGCAGUGUCCAGCUACCUGGCGCCACCUGUGUCUGCUGUCUUUGUGCUGGCGCUCUUUGUGCCCCGUGUCAAUGAGAAGGGUGCCUUCUGGGGACUGAUUGGGGGCCUGUUUAUGGGUCUGGCACGCCUUAUUCCUGAGUUCUCCUUUGGCUCGGGCAGCUGUGUACGACCCUCCACAUGCCCAGCACUCUUCUGCCGUGUGCACUACCUCUACUUUGCCAUUGUGCUCUUCAUCUGCUCUGGCCUCCUCAUCCUUGUAGUAUCACUGUGCACAGCACCUAUCCCACGCAAGCAUCUCCACCGCCUGGUUUUCAGUCUACGGCACAGCAAGGAGCAGCGGGAGGACCUGGAUGCCGAUGAGCUAGAAGGUUCAACUUCACCCCCUGUACAGAAUGGGUGUCCUGAACAUGCAGUGGAGAUGGAGGAGCCCCAGUCCCCAACACCAGGCAUGUUCCACCGGUGCCUGCUCUGGUUCUGUGGAAUGAGCAGGAGUGGGGCAGGUAGUCCCCCAGCCCCUACCCAGGAGGAAGUGGCUGCAGCAGCCAGGCGGCUGGAGGAUAUCAGUGAGGACUCGAGUUGGGCCCGUGUGGUCAACUUCAAUGCCCUGCUAAUGAUGGCCGUGGCCACGUUCCUCUGGGGCUUUUAUGCCUGAG